UCCAUCAUCAUCAUCAUCAUCAUCUUCUUCUUCUAAUUCGUCUGAUUCUGAUUCUCAUCAUCAAGAUCAUCAUCAGCGACCUCACCCGGCCUCGACCUCGGACGGGCCAAUCGUCGAAGUCGAAACGAAAUGGCUCUUGGGCGUCCUGGUCGAAGCUUGUAUUGGAAUCAGCUCGAUUCUUGGAUACCUUAUCGUCAUGGUUCAUAUACCAUAUGCAUCCCAUUAUUCGAUCCCGUUCUUCCUGUCGAUCUAUUCGAUCAAAUCCUUCUCACGAGAGAUCUCGAAAUUGAUCAAGAGUAGUCUGAAUACGUUGGAUUGUUUGAUCUUGGUGAUCUACGAGUUUUCGAGUCCCAACCAUCAUCAUCAGCAUCGUUCUUCUCAUCACAAGAACACCUCAAGUUCGAGAAGCUCAAGAUCAAGAAGAAGGAGAAGAAGAAGUUCGAGAAGACGUUCGAGAAGGAGCGGUCGAGGCGGACCCGAUGGGAUGGAAGAAGAAGAGGAUCAAGAAGAGGUGGAAGAAGAGGAAGAGAAAGAUUGGACUUGUAGUAUCUGUUUCGAGGAUACCGGGCUCGACCAUGUCCGUGAUCCCGCGUCUCCCACCAACUCCAACUCUCCUACGGCAUCUUCUUCGUCGUCAUCGUCGUCCUCGUCAUCUUCGGCUUCUGAGUCAGCUUGUUCUGAGUCAGCGUCUGACUCUCUCCUCAAUCAAUCUCCCCCUCACCCUGCAAAUCAGCUCGAUUCAAACCAACCUCCUCCUCCUUCUCCUUCUUCUCAACAAGACCAAAGCUCCAAAACAACACUUCUGGAACAACACCCACUUCAACCAUUUCAUCAGCAGCAGCAGCAACUUAUUCUUAGGAAGGAUCCGGCCAGGAAAAAACUCGCCAAGUCGGCCUCCUCAUCAGUCCACCAUAGAACACCCGCCAUUCUCCAGCCGCCUGGCUCGAAUCGGUGCGUGUUGAAUUGCGGACACGCGUAUCAUACGCCGUGUCUCGUCAAAUGGCUCCAUUAUCAGGCCUUUUGUCCCGUCUGUCAUCGCCCCGUCCUGUAAUUCUUCUUCAUUUUUCUUUGUCGUUUUUGUUUUGUUCUGUUUUUUUUUGCUUUGCUUUGGAUUAGUGGUCGGCUGUUAUUGUGGGAGACGGGAUCAGUGAUGCUCUUCUUCCCCUCUUCUUCUUUUUUUUAGAGACAACAACAACAAAUGGGUGACUUUUGUGGCUGUGUGUGUGUAUAGGUGUACAAAAUCAAUGUAUAUUUAUCGGGAUGUGUGCUCUUUUCUCUCUUUUUGAGUGUGUCUCCAUUCUUAUUUUACAUGGGUUGGUUUGGUUUCCCCCCCCCCCUUUUUUU